CAGAUUGGGGCGAAACAUCUUCAGACACUGAGUGGAGUCAACCCCCUGGCCUACUGGCUAGGAACAUUUUUGUUUGACCUCGCCAAGCUCUUGUUCAUUGUGGCCACCAUGAUCCUGCCAUUGCUAUGUACUUCGGACGUCUUCCUGAUGGAGAACCGCUGGGUGAUCAUCAUGUUCAUCACGCUGACCUACAGUCUGACGGCGCUUCCGUUUACGUACUGCCUGCAGCUGCUCUUCGUCCGUCCCGCUGACGGAGUAGCAGCCGUCGUCACUUCCAAUCUGAUCAUGGGUAAAUAUCGUGCUUUAAACAUUAUAGCGGUCAUUUAA